AUGGAGUUGACUCAAGAAAACUUAAAUUUAGAUGAGAAAGAAAUUGAGUUGAUGGAAGAAGUAAAUUAUAAUUUAGUUGAAAAAGAAAAGGGAUUAGAGAAUGAAUGUGAUGAAGAUGAUGAUUCUAGAGUAUUCGUGUUAGAUGAAUCAGCUCUGGAGACUGCAAAAACUAUAUUUGGUUUACAGAAUCUUCAAGAUAUACAAGAUGAUGUUGCUUUUGUGAAAGUUAAAGAACAUAAUACACUCAUCAAAGAAAUCAACAAAGGUAGAUCAAAUGAAGAGAUAGAAGUUGAAGACAAUUUACCCACUCUGGUUGCAGACAUAACAGUUGCACCAAUUGAUGAGAUUGAAAUUUCUUUACUAAAAUAUAAGAGACACAAAAAAUCAAAUGAGGAACUUGAAAUUCUUCAAGAAGUGUUUAAUCAUCCUACAAACUUACCAAAGGAAGAUAAAAUUACAUUGAAUUAUUGCUUUUAA